GGUUACUGUAGUUUUGGGUUAAGCAGAGCAGCUUCAUCUCAAGUUAACACGCCAGCUCUGGUUUCCACUCGUCCGCCGGUCUUUGAGCAUCACCAAACCGCUGCCACGAUGACGGAGGCGGAGGCGUUGGAGAAGAAGCAGCACAAGUCCAGCAACGGGAAUGUUCUUCCAGAGGCCCCCAGAGAAGACGUAUUUGAUCACACAUACAAGGAGAAAGAGGGCCCCAAACCCGCCAGGAUAAUCGUAUGGAAAAAUGUCAUAUUGAUGACUCUGUUGCAUAUAGGUGCCGUGUACGCCAUGUUCCUCAUCCCUUCCGCAUCUUCUUUGACCUUGCUUUGGUCCGUACUUUGUUUUUUGAUAAGUGCGUUAGGAGUUACUGCAGGAGCUCAUCGCCUGUGGAGUCACAGAUCCUACAAGGCCUCAUUACCUCUAAGGAUCUUUCUUGGUGUUGCUAACUCCAUGGCAUUUCAGAAUGAUAUCUUUGAAUGGGCUCGAGACCACAGGGUUCACCACAAAUAUUCAGAGACAGAUGCUGACCCUCACAAUGCCGUUCGGGGCUUCUUCUUCGCUCAUAUCGGCUGGCUGCUGGUGCGCAAACACCCGGACGUCAUUGAGAAAGGACGCAAGCUGGAGCUGAAUGACCUGCUGGCUGACAAAGUUGUAAUGUUUCAAAGGAAGUAUUACAAGCCGUCUGUGCUGCUCAUGUGCUUCUUCGUCCCCAUGUUCGUGCCUUGGUACCUGUGGGGGGAGUCUCUGUGGGUGGCGUACUUCGUCCCAGCUCUGCUGAGGUACACCUUGGUGCUGAACGCCACCUGGCUGGUCAACAGCGCGGCUCACAUGUGGGGAAACAGACCCUAUGACAAGAACAUCAACCCCAGGGAGAACAAGUUUGUCGCGUUCAGCGCUAUAGGUGAGGGAUUCCACAAUUAUCACCACUCUUUCCCCUAUGACUAUGCAACCAGCGAGUUUGGCUGCAAGUUGAACCUUACCACUUGUUUCAUCGACCUCAUGUGCUACUUGGGCCUGGCGACGGACCGCAAGAGAGUGUCCCACGAGGUGGUCCUGGCCCGAAUACAGCGCACGGGAGACGGAAGCCACCGGAGUGGCUAAGAUCGUUGAAUUGUGGUCAGCUUCAAGGCAAAACAACCGAAAAGAAGAAGCUUCACAGUCCUUUGACAGCUAUACAUUUCUCAUCCUCUGAGGAUAAAAGUCAGCUUCGUGAGGGCCUUGACCACAUUUUGCUUGUUUUUGUGGUUUUUGUAGCUGUACCUAAACAAAAUUGUUCAAGAUGGAUAACAAACGCGUUUUGCUAAGCCCUUGGCCUCUAUGGUUUCUAUUGUUCAGUCAGGCCAAGGUCUUGCAAAGAUGUUUUAGAUUUGAAGUAGAUGCAUUUUUAAGUCAACUUCAUUCUCCGCUGUUUUGCCACUUUGGUGUGCAUUUUUCAUGCAAAGUCAUGUAGCCGAUCAUUUUUAUGUAAGUAUUACUCAAUUAUUAAUCCAAAUAGACGACAAGCGGAGCACUGAAACAUGGAGUAACAUUGCAACUGAUGAGGUGAUUGUUGCCUUUUAUUGUAGUUUACAGCAGGUUUUUACCUUUCGAGCGCUCUACGAUCUGAAAAUAAGGGACGAGAGUUUGAAUAAUAUUUUGUGGGGGGGGGGUUGCUGGCUUUAACGAAAUAUGGCACAUGAUGGAAGAGUGAGGGAACCCAGACGAUCUUAUAACCUGGCUACACUGACCACGCCAGAGCUGUGUGGAAACCAAGUCGUGCAGUGUGUGUUGCGGUGUGUAACCUGGUUUUCUUCUAACCGAACCAAAUAUGUUGGGAAAUCAAAGGCUUUAGAAAAAGACGCACACGUGCUGUAUUUAGUGUGUGCUAUAAUGAGGUCAAGCUUGGAAUGAAAUUAAAACUGCCGUUCAAUAUUAACAGGAAAUGCUAAAUGUAAUUUUAACUUAGAACCAUGCAGCGUUUAAUUGACUUUUUUUGUGUUUUAAUGACUAUAUCAUAUUGCCAAAAGCGUGCCAAUUGCCGACAUAUUAUAUUAUAACCAUGUGAAUGGUCCACUAGAGCACACAAGGUCGAUACCGCUUCUUCACUCAACAUCAUUGUGCAGGUUUUUUAACAUCGUGGCAUCAGUGGCUUCGCUUCCUCUUGAGAGUUUAUCCAACAUGUCCUUCUUUUUUGUCCCGAAACAUCUGCAGCAGAGAUCUGGUCGGUCGAUGUCGCAGCCGGUCACGUGACAGUUCUGGUGUUACAAAACAACAUGCCACCCAUGCAUGAUGAUGUGCUGUAGUAGGUGUUGUAGUGAGGUGUUUCGUCAGUGACUCUGAUGGCAGAACCGUGUCUAUUUUUGUAAUGUGCUGUGGAGCUGCAUCGCUUUUGGACCAUCAGAACUGUUGCUGUGGCGAUUUCUGCAGCGGGCUCUGGUUUGGCUUUGAUGCCCCACAAAGCUGAUCGUCAUUGCAGAAUUUCAGGUGCAUCGACGUUUCUGUUCAUCUUCAAUUCUGGUGUGCGGAAUGCUUUUAUUAUUUAUGUAUUUAUUUUGGUUUUUUUUUUCUCCUUAUUGACAAAAAAAAUCGCUCUAAGGUGAACCUUUUUCUCCGUUCCAAGAUUUGGCAGUGGAGCUGCAACGAUCGGUCGAUUAAUCGAUUAAUCGUCAACCAUUUUGAUGAUCGAUUAAUCGUUUCAGUCAUUUUUCAAAUGACUUUGCUGCUUGUCUUUGUCUUUUCUGAUGGUAAAUGAAGAGUCUUUGGGUUUUUGGACUGUUAGUUGGACAAAAGAAGCAAUUUGAAGACAUCACUUUGGGCUCUGGGAAAUUGUGAUGAGCAUUUUUCACAAUUCGUGGACAUUUUGUGGACUUAACGAUUAAUCGGUUGAUCAGGAAAAAUAAUCUGCAGAUUGAUCAGUGAUGAAAGUAAUAGUUGGCCCUAUUUGGUAGAAAGUCUCGUAAAAAGUAUACAUAUAUAUCAAAUUGGAGCACCUGUUUGUUUUUUUCCCAAGAGUCAGGAUACAACCUAAUGCCUUAUGACUUGCAUCCAUUCCUGAUCGUCUCCACGUCCUGUCGGUCAAGACAAAACGGUUCAAGUACCACGAAACAAAUCUGACCGAGGUCCAUGUUUACAGGCUGAGGCACCGGGCGGAACAUCGUUUUUAUUCUGAACAUUUAAUUAAGGCAAAUGGUAGCAUGACAACAUUAAGGUACUGUAAAUGCGAGUGGAGGAUAGGUUCAUACACACUUGACGCCUGGCGCAAACGUUCAGUCGUGAGAUUUAACUGGCAAAAUUCGAGCCCCGAUGGAUGUGCCAACCAGUUCAAGCCCAUCGCGGCGUCUCGGUAUGAAAACCUCCAAACGAGGUGCUCCAUGAGGAAUCUCAGAGCGCCUACCCAAACCCGACAAUACACCACAAGCCAUGCACGACUCCCGCAGCCCAGAGCGCCAAAAUCAACACUUUCCUGACGACGAGGGGGCUCAGAAGGCUGUCACUCUGAAUGAUUAUGUCAAAUCUCAACUGUAUUCUAUUCUGAAAUAAAAGUCACAAUAUUUUCAAUA